GAAUUAUUCAGCUCGCCCAGUCCGGCGACGCGAAGCAGCUGCCGUUAGCGGGCACCUCAUAAAUAUGUGUUCCCUUGCCCGCGAGGCAAGGACCUCGAAACCAUCCCAGACACGGCUACGACAGACCGUAAGAAUAUGAUAUCUCCGCCCCUCUAGCCUUCUGCAGUCUUCAUCACUAGCAACCAUGAGCGAUAAGCCAGCAUCACCGGGCCACGACUUGGCCAUAGCCCCAGCCAGCGGCCUCGACAACAACCUCGAGCAAGAGAAAUGCCCCGACACCGAAGGUGCCGCCGUCAUCGGCGAGCGCGACAUCAAGGGCGUCAGGUGGGCCCUCGCCAUCUUUGCCAUCCUCUCGUCUACAUUCCUCUUUGCUCUCGACACGACAGUGGUCGCCGACAUCCAGCCAUACAUCAUCCAGUCGGUAGGCGAGUUUCAAAAGUUUCCAUGGCUCGGCUCCGCCUUUGUCCUCCCUGCGGCCACCCUCCAGCUCCCAUGGGCCAAGGCGUACUCCAUGUUCAACGUCAAGUGGCUGUACUUUGCCAACGUCACACUAUUCGAGAUCGGCAGUGCCAUAUCCGGCGCCGCACCCACCAUGAACGCCCUCAUUGUCGGCCGUGCCAUUGCUGGUGUCGGCGGCUGCGGCAUGUAUAUUGGCGGCCUGACCUACCUCAGCGUCCUCACGACCCCGAGGGAGCGUCCCUUUUACGUUUCCCUCGUCACUCCCGUCUGGGGUCUCGGAACUGUCCUCGGCCCACUCAUUGGCGGUGCCUUUGCUGAGAGCCACGUCGGCUGGCGCUGGGGCUUUUAUAUCAACCUCUUCCUCUACGCCGCCGUCGUUCCCUCCAUGCUCUUCAUCCUGCCGGGCCUCAACUUCAUGCCCAAGCUCACCACGCUGCAGAAGCUCGCCAAGUUUGACUGGCUGGGUCUCAGCAUCUUCGUAGGUUGGGGCAUCUCGUUCGUCAUGGCUAUGCAGUUUGGCGGCACCGUCUACGCCUGGAACUCGCCCAGCGAGAUUAUUCUCUGGGUCUUCUCGGGAGUUCUCAUCGUCGCAAUGGUCCUCAGCCACAUCUACCACCCCUUUAUCGACGCAGAGAACCGCCAAUACCCGGCCCACCUUCUCAAGAAUUUGAAGCUCGGCGCCCUCCAGUACGCCACUUUUGCGGGCCCUGCCGCAGUCUACAUCCCCAUCUAUUAUUUACCCCUGUACUUCCAGUUUGCUCGUGGCGAGACCGCCGUGCAGGCGGCCGUCCGCCUGCUGCCCCUGGUUUUCAUGGUUGUCGCCCUCUCCAUCAUCAGCGGCGCACUUACCACAAAGGUCAACUACAUCUUCCCCUGGUUCUUUGUCGGCGGCAUCCUUACCGUGGUUGGCGGCGCCCUCAUGUCCAUCGUCACCCUCGCCACCAGCAACCCGGCCAUCUACGGGUACACCGUCAUCCUCGGCCUCGGCGGCGGCUGUCUCCUCAUGAGCGCGUUUGGCUGCGCGUCUGCCGUCAUUGCAGAGACCGACGUCAUCGACGCCAUUGGCGUGCUCAGCCUCGCCCAGGGCCUCGGCAUCGUCUUCUUCGUGUCCGCCGCCGGCAUCGUGUUCCAGAACCUCGGCCAGCAGUACAUCGCGCCCAUCUUGCCCGCGGAUUUCGCCGGCCGGCCCGAUGGCAUCCUGGCUGGCAACAGCAGCCCGGACUACCAGAGCUUCUCCCCUGACGUGCGCGCGCUCAUCGGCGAGGCCAUUGUAUCGGCCAUGGGCCGUGUAUAUAUCUUGUCGAUCGCCGCGGGUGCCCUGACCGUGCUGGCGUCGCUCCUCAUCAUCAGAACCAAGGUCCACUGAGCCUUUCAUCAACUUUCAUUAGUGGAGGCGGCACUAUAGGGGGUUCCCAAACACGGCUGUUCCCUCGUGCCCACGUCCGGCAACCUCUUGCGUCUCGUAGCGACUGCCUCUUGUACUGUCCCGUUAUCGUUACUACAUCUCUUGCUGCACGGGCAAUUAUCCGCUGCAAAAGUCUUCCACGACGAGAGCACAAAUGCAUCAAGCCUGCUGGGCUUCCAGGUUGUGCGGUAUUUGUCAUCCUUUGCAUUCCAGGGCCUCUUAAUAGAUAUCAUCCCCCAGCACUGUGUUGCUGAGCCCAGCAGCCAUAUGCUAAGUUUUUCUGCGGCGGACUUGCUUGCCUCGGUG